CGCCUCCCGCGGCCUCCGGGGCCCUGGGGCGCGCGCAACAGGCGGCCCGAGUCAGCGGGAAGCUGGAGCGCCGGCGGCGUAGGCCUCGGAGGGGUGUGGAGAGGCGAGGCCAGGCAGAGCCCCGCGCAGCCAUGGAGUCUCUCCUGCUGCCCGUGCUGCUGCUGUUGGCCGUACUGUGGACACAGGCAGCCGCCCUCAUUAACCUCAAGUACUCGGUAGAAGAGGAACAGCGCGCCGGGACGGUAAUCGCCAACGUGGCCAAGGACGCUCGUGAGGCGGGUUUCGCUCUGGAUCCACGGCAGGCCUCUGCCUUUCGUGUGGUGUCCAACUCAGCUCCGCACCUGGUGGAUAUUAACCCCAGUUCGGGCCUGCUUGUCACCAAGCAGAAGAUCGACCGCGACCUGCUGUGCCGCCAGAGCCCCAAGUGCAUCAUAUCGCUUGAGGUCAUGUCCAGCUCAAUGGAGAUAUGUGUGAUUAAGGUGGAGAUCAAGGAUCUGAACGACAAUGCGCCCAGCUUUCCGGCGGCACAAAUUGAGCUGGAGAUCUCAGAGGCAGCUAGUCCGGGCACGCGCAUCCCGCUGGACAGCGCCUAUGACCCGGACUCCGGCAGCUUUGGCGUUCAGACGUAUGAGCUCACGCCUAAUGAGCUGUUUGGCCUGGAGAUCAAGACGCGUGGCGAUGGCUCACGAUUUGCGGAACUUGUAGUGGAGAAGAGUCUGGAUCGAGAGACGCAGUCGCACUACAGCUUUCACAUCACUGCGCUCGACGGCGGCGACCCACCGCACCUGGGCACUGUUGGCCUCAGCAUCAAGGUGACCGAUUCCAAUGACAACAACCCGGUGUUUGGCGAGUCCACCUAUGCAGUGAGCGUGCCAGAGAACUCACCUUCCAGUACACCGGUCAUCCGUCUCAAUGCCAGCGACCCAGACGAAGGCACCAAUGGACAGGUGGUCUACUCCUUCUACGGCUAUGUCAAUGACCGCACGCGCGAGCUUUUCCAGAUCGAUCCGCACAGUGGCCUGGUCACAGUCACCGGUGCCCUAGACUAUGAAGAGGGCCACGUGUACGAACUGGACGUGCAGGCCAAGGACUUAGGACCCAACUCCAUCCCGGCACACUGCAAGGUGACCGUCAGCGUUCUGGACACCAAUGACAACCCACCGGUCAUCAACCUGCUGUCAGUUAACAGCGAGCUGGUGGAGGUGAGCGAGAGUGCCCCUCCAGGCUACGUGAUUGCGCUGGUGCGGGUGUCUGAUCGGGACUCUGGCCUCAAUGGGCGCGUGCAGUGCCGUUUGCUGGGCAACGUGCCCUUUCGGCUUCAGGAGUAUGAGAGCUUCUCUACUAUCCUGGUGGACGGACGGCUGGACCGUGAGCAACAUGACCAGUACAACCUCACGAUCCAGGCGCGUGACGGCGGUGUGCCCAUGCUGCAGAGUGCUAAGUCCUUUACAGUUCGAAUAACUGACGAGAAUGACAACCACCCACACUUCUCCAAGCCCUACUACCAGGUCAUUGUGCAGGAGAACAACACGCCCGGCGCCUACCUGCUUUCUGUGUCUGCCCGAGACCCUGACCUGGGUCUCAAUGGCAGUGUCUCCUACCAGAUCGUGCCAUCGCAGGUGCGGGACAUGCCUGUCUUCACCUAUGUCUCUAUCAACCCCAACUCCGGUGACAUCUACGCGCUUCGAUCCUUCAACCACGAGCAGACCAAGACAUUCGAAUUCAAGGUGCUGGCCAAGGAUGGCGGCCUGCCCUCGCUGCAGAGCAACGCCACCGUUCGGGUCAUCAUCCUCGACGUCAAUGAUAAUACUCCGGUCAUCACGGCCCCACCCCUGAUCAAUGGCACUGCAGAGGUCUACAUCCCCCGCAACUCUGGCAUAGGCUACCUGGUGACGGUCGUCAAAGCAGACGACUACGAUGAGGGCGAGAACGGCCGGGUCACCUACGACAUGACCGAGGGCGACCGUGGCUUCUUUGAAAUAGAUCAGGUCAAUGGAGAAGUCAGAACCACUCGCACCUUUAGUGAGAGCUCAAAGGCUUCUUAUGAGCUUAUUGUGGUGGCCCACGACCAUGGCAAGACGUCUCUCUCCGCCUCUGCACUCCUAUUAAUCUACCUGUCCCCUGCUCUUGAUGCCCAAGAGUCAAUGGGCUCGGUGAACUUGUCCCUCAUUUUCAUUAUCGCCCUGGGCUCCAUUGCGGGCAUCCUCUUUGUCACUAUGAUCUUCGUGGCGAUCAAGUGCAAGCGAGACAACAAAGAGAUCCGGACCUACAACUGCAGAAUCGCUGAGUACUCCUAUGGGCAUCAAAAGAAAUCAAGCAAGAAGAAAAAAAUCAGUAAGAAUGACAUUCGUCUGGUACCCCGGGAUGUGGAGGAGACAGACAAAAUGAAUGUUGUCAGUUGCUCCUCCCUGACCUCUUCCCUCAACUAUUUCGACUACCACCAGCAGACACUGCCCCUGGGCUGCCGCCGCUCUGAGAGUACUUUCCUGAAUGUGGAGAACCAGAAUACCCGCAAUACCAGCACCAACCACAUCUAUCAUCACUCUUUCAACAGCCAAGGUCCCCAGCAGCCAGACUUGAUCAUCAAUGGUGUGCCUCUGCCUGAGACUGAAAACUAUUCCUUUGACUCCAACUAUGUGAACAGCCGAGCCCAUUUAAUCAAAAGCAGCUCCACCUUCAAGGACUUAGAGGGCAACAGUCUGAAGGAUAGUGGUCAUGAAGAGAGUGACCAGACUGACAGUGAACAUGAUGUCCAGCGGAGCCUAUACUGUGAUACUGCUGUCAAUGAUGUGCUGAACACCAGUGUGACGUCCAUGGGAUCUCAGAUGCUUGACCAUGAUCAGAAUGAAGGAUUUCAUUGCAGGGAAGAAUGCAGGAUUCUUGGCCACUCUGACAGGUGCUGGAUGCCCCGGAACCCCAUGCCCACCAGGUCCAAGUCCCCUGAGCAUGUGAGGAAUGUCAUAGCUCUGUCCAUUGAAGCUACUGCUGCUGAUGUUGAGGCUUAUGACGACUGCGGCCCCACCAAGCGGACUUUUGCAACCUUUGGAAAAGAUGUCAGUGACCACCCAGCUGAGGAGAGGCCCACCCUGAAAGGCAGAAGAACUGUUGAUGUGACCAUCUGCAGCCCCAAGGUCAACGGCGCUAUUCGGGAGGCGGGCAAUGGUUGUGAGGCUAUUAGCCCUGUCACCUCCCCCCUACACCUCAAGAGCCCUCUGCCCACCAAGCCCUCCAUGUCUUACACCCCGGCGCCCCCGGGCCGUGAUCUGGAGCAGUAUGUCAACAAUGGCCCUUCUCGUCCCUCUGAAGCUGAGCCCCGUGGAGCCGACAGCGAGAAAGUCAUCCAUGAGGUCAACCCCACUCUGAAGGAGGGUCGCGACAAAGAAUCUCCUGGUAUGAAGCGUCUGAAGGAUAUCAUUCUCUAAAGCAGUCUAGGGGAAGAAGAGAGAGAAUCCAUACUGGUUAUUGAAGAAGAAGGAGCUGAUUGUUUUAAUUGCUCACUAAUGGUUGGUUCUUGAGUGGCUGUGAUUUCAGAGCUUUCCCUAAAUGUAUUGUUUAUAAGUGACUAUCAUUCUUUGACAAUCCCUCUUGUUUCAACAAGCAGCAGGGGUGUUCAGUUGGAGCAAAUUAGCUUUGGUUUGAGUUGUUCAUGGGGCCUUGAUGUUGGGGAAACAGAGACAAAUUCAGUUGUGAAAAGUAUUAUGUAUUAAGUGUUUGAAUUUGUAUAUUUUUCUGUCAAAAUCAUAAUAUAAAUUACCAUUGUUUGCGGAGGAUUACAUUUAAAAAAGCAAAAAAAAAAAAAAAAAAGAAAAAAGAAAGCUCUGGACAUCUUUAAUAAGCUUGCCACUGUUUUGUAGUGUAGACAAGUUAAUGGUCAUUUAUUGUGUACUAUUCCUUGAUUCAGUGAUGUGAAAUUGAGUCCCCAAAAGGUUGUUUCUGAAGCUUGAGUACUUUCCAGUUACGCUACUUUGCUAUGGACACCCCUGCUUUAAGAACUCUUUUGCUAGCUGUGCUGUUGUUGUAUUUGAUAUUGCAAAUUGCUAUGUAUGUGGUGAUGGCAAAAGGCUUUUAGAAGUUGGUGUUUUUUUUUCUUAAAAAAAUAAAACUAUAGACAAAAACAAAGUGCAAAAAACUGAGAUGGCAAGUGAAAGAGCAACACCACACAUAUAGAUUGAACACUUGGAGGAUACUCACUCAUGGAGGAUACCCAUGUAGUGAUUGCUCACUACCUUGCAGAGUAUUUUUCCUGCCUUUCAGUCUUCUGCCCAGAUCAGUGAUAGAUCAUCAUAGAAAGUCAUUCAUGGAUAUUCUGCUAUGUAAUUUGCAGUUGUUAGAAAUACUGUCCUAAAAGUUUUAUGAGAUCAAUUUUUAAAAUUUUCAGGACCUGAAUAGGAAAGAAGCUCCUGAAGUUAUCAGUUUCCAGGCUUAGAAAUUCCCUGUCUCUAAUCAUCUAAAACUCAAAAAGACUGAAUCUAUUUUGAGAUCUAAAUUAACAUCUUUUCAGACACAUACUUCCUGAUUCAGUGUUUCCAAUCAUGAUUAGAAUUAGACUGCAAAGCAUGUUGGGGGCUAGAACUGAGAACUCCAUGUUGCUCUAUAUUGUAGGAUUAUAAAUAGGAAUGGAGUAAGCAGUACAAAGUGUACAUUUAGGAAAAGACAGGUAGGUAACCAGUAACAGCAUCACAAAUCCAAUUACUGUGCCUUCUAAAUGGAUACACUUGGACACUUGAACUCCUCUUUUUAUGGCUAAUACUUUUUUUAAAGUUAAAAAUGUAAACAGGAAACUACUAAAAUAAAAAUUCUUUAAAUUUAGCUAACUCUUUGCUGUAGGCUAGGAAUACACCUUUUGUUAUUAACAAGUUUGUUAUGCAUGUUCUUUUUUUGUUUAACAUUUCUUAACUCCCCCAUUUAUUGUCUAUUAAUAUUUACUAGCCAACAUAGUAUUCUCACAGCCUAAGAGUUCAUUAUUUAAAGCUAAAUAAAUACAUCACCUUUGCUCUGCCUUGGUCUUAAAAAAGCUGUUUCUAGAGAAACAAGUUUUGUGGAUCUGUUCUCAUUCGUUUCAUUUUUUGAAAUUCAAGAAUACCCAGAAAAAAGGCUUAGAGGUUAGAGCACUAAAAUGCAAAAAAGGAUUUAUUUUCUUAAGUUUAAGUAGAUAAGUGAGCUCUUUUAAAUGUUUUAGUUAUUUUUCUCUAAGUUCCUGGCUUUAUCCAUUACUAGGAAUAUUUUAUUUUA